AUGAGCUCCACAUCGCAAGCACAGUCGCAUCCUGAGCCGAGCUAUGCUCUUGUGCCUCCCAGCUAUGCUGCCCAUACAUCCACCUCGUCCAAUUCCUCCACUUCACACCCGGUCUACACUGGUAUUCAUGAUACCAUGCGUCAUGGUCUCAAGAAUGUCUUGCACCAAGUAUCAACACACUCGCAUCACCCUGUCCAAAACAGACUCGAGAACUGGGAAGCUACUCGAGACAACCUCAAGCUUACCAUGCAGCGCAACAUUCAUGGCCUUGGUGCGCCGGCACACACUUUGAUGGAGCGAAAGAUUGUCAGUUACAACCCUGCUUUCGACCCAACUAGAAGCUCUAACUCGAUCUCCAAGCUUCACCUCGACAUUUUGAAUGGUGAUGAUGAACGAAUCGAGCCACGCGACUUCUUGCCUUCCGAGAUCUCAGCCAACGUUCCCAGCAUGCACACCGUCAUGGAGCGUCGUCUUGGCUUGUAA